AUGAGUGUUGUUGAUGAGGAAAGUAAAACCGAUAAGUUGAAAAUUGAAUUGCUAAAGCUCCAGGAGAAUGUUAAUUUGAAAAUGACCCAGCAAUUGUUCUUGCGCGACAUUAUGGAAGCAAAUUACCAGCGAAUGACGGAAGAAUGUGAUGUGUAUGAGAAGGAAUUAGAAAAGAUUCGCUCGGAAAAUACACGUUAUAAGUUCGCAGAACAGUGUUUGAAAAAUAAAGUCAUAGAAUUAACCGGUUGCGAGUUCGCUAAAAGUUCUACCGGCCCCGACAAAGACGACGCUACAGCAUCUUUACAAUUGGAAGUGUGUAGUAACAAACUGCUGGCAGAGUUGAAGAGGUACAGGGACCAGGUCGAGGUGGCGUCCAGAGACUUGGCGGGUGCCAAAGACCAGCUAACCAAAGCGUCGGAGAGGGAAGAAUAUCUGAAGCGGUGUGCGGCCAGCUUGACGGUGCUCGCCGAAGCGGACCAGACGAAGCGGGACCGCGAGGAGAUGGAGUUGCGGACGAUGGCCAAGCGGCUGUCGGCCGAGCUGGGUGACGCGCAGUGCGACUUGGGUCGGUUGCGGACGGUCGUGGAAGAGAUGUCGGACGUGGUAACGGGGAACAAGCCGGCACCGAUCACGUGCAGUGGCGAAGGGCUACGCGAGGACAACUACCGGUUGCAAGCCGAACUGAAAGCCAACUUGGCGGAAGAGACCGCGCUGCACGCCAGGGCCGCCAAGCUGGAGACGGCGCUGCGGCAAUGUCACUCGCGUGUGGACGCGAAGUCCCGGGAUAGGCAGUGCGCCGGCGGUGGAGUGUUGCGGGAUCUUCCGUCCACGUCGCUGUCACAGCCGCGCCCGCAGCCUCGGGACGAAGAAAGCAAAGCGGCCACCUCGCCGAACCUCGAACCCGAUUAUUACGAAACGUUACCACUGCCGAAGCAUUUGAUAAAAAUAAUGAAAAAAUACGGAAAUCCGUGUCACCAAGACGACGAAUUCGAAGCGACUACCUGUUUGCCGACUACGGCAGCGCACUCCUAA